AUGGAAGCCUUCAACGUUAUGCCAACAACUUAUGGUCAAAAAAUCACUGUUUUAAGCAUUGACGGUGGAGGAAUUAGGGGUAUUAUACCUGCAACUAUCUUGAGUUUCCUCGAACACAAGUUAAAGGAACUAGAUGGAGAAGAUGCUCGGAUUGCGGAUUAUUUCGAUGUAAUUGCAGGAACUAGCACAGGGGGUCUAAUGUCAGCCAUGUUAACAGCUCCAGACGAAAAUGGACGUCCUCUCUUUAAAGGAGAGGAUAUUGCUCCCUUUUAUCUCACACAUGUCCCCAUGAUAUUUCCUCGGAACAACUACAAGAAGAUGACGAUGAAGAUGAAUGGUCUAAUGAGGCCAAAAUACAAUGGGAAGUAUCUAAGGAAGACCAUAUGCAAGGUCCUGGGAGAUCGAAGGCUUCACCAAACUCUAACCUCUGUUGUUAUACCCACAUUCGACAUCAAAUUGCUUCAACCCACUGUUUUCACUACGUUUGAGGCAAAGAAGGAUACUUCUAAAGAUGCUUUGCUGUCCGAUAUUUGUAUUGCUACAGCUCGGCUCCAACUUACUUCCCAGAUUAUAGAUUUAAAACCCAAGAUUCUCAAGGAACUGUCAGGGAAUUUCAUCUUGUUUAUGGAGGGAUUGCUGCAAAUAACCCUAUUCGCGAAACUGUUAUCCGAGGAAAGGAGACUCCGAAAAACAGAGAUUGCAAAGCGGCUUCAAAUAAAAUCAACCUCUGUUGGCUGAAAGCUUCUGGAACUUACUGCUGUUACAGAAUUUAGAUUACUUACGAAAAGAAUUCAUUCGUGUGAUGUUUAUGUGUAAAUCCAGAUAUUAAUUAUUCUUAUGAAAUGUUAUAUAGUAAAUAUAUUAGUUUGUAAUUAUUGAUAACCU